UAUUUACAAAUGUAUACCACAAAAAUAAAAAUAAAAAUAAAAAAAUCAGAAAUUAUACAAACUUUUUUAAAAAUAAAAAAACCACAGUAAUCCUCAUGAAAGUGAGAAUGUAUUUGAAAAAAGCCCUAGCUUUUAGGUUCUAGUUGUGCCUCCAUCGAUCCUUCACACUCAACAGUGAGUAGCAGUGUCCGUGCGUGUGUGUUGAAGUUUUAUACUUUCAUUAACCGCUUCAUUCAUUCUCCACAAAUAUGGUUAAAGGAACUGAACUACACGCUCAAACCACCGGUGCUGUACCUGAACCGGUGAUGGAUGCAGUCAACACCACCCUCUCCAACCUUCAUGAAUUUCGUUCACUUUUUGACCAAUUCUUACCUCUCUGUAACCCUCAAUUUCUCUCCCAAAUCUCCCCUCUUCAACGUGCUCACUCUCUUUUCAUUCUCUCCAAAAUUACUUCCACUCUCCUCACAUUGAAAUUGAGGUGUAGUGGUGUGCAGACUGAUGAUCACCCUGUUAAAUCAGAGCUUGAUAGAUUAGACUUGUAUCAAGGAAAACUUGAACGUCUUAUAGAUUUGAGUAAAGCUCCUUUGCGACCUUCUACUACAUUGAAUUAUCAAGCAGCUACACGAUUCAUCGAACACUCUCUGCCUGACCUUACUCCAGAGCAAAGACAAAAUAUGAGGAACAUAAGUAGAGGGGAGGGGCAGAAGAGGAAACAUGGGGAGAGGGCCGGUCAAAAGAGGAAGUAUCCAUCUUCUGAAAAGCUGUCUGUUCAAGCUGCUGCCAAGGAGUUUCUGGAGAAAGCUACAAGGGAACUUCUAGGUGGUAAUAAUGGUGGUGUUAAGGGACCACUUCAAAUUGACAACAUUUCAGACGACGAUGACGAUAAACUACUUGAGCCCUGAUUUUCCUGAACUCUGUGUGUGAAGCUUGUGAUCUGUGUGUGGGAGGGCUGAUUGUUUGGUUGCUUUUCGAGAUGGCCUACUCAACUGCGACACAGCCUCUCAAUGUGACAUACUGGCAUUUUGGUUGAUGAAGAGUGCUUUAUUUUUUGUUUCAAUUUUGUAAAACUUUCGAAUGCCUCUCAUCCACCGUGGAAUUCUGACAAUGAGAUUUGAUGUAGACACUGUUCAUAAAGGUAAUUAUGGCCAGAAAAUGAGUACAAGUAUGUAUUUUUCCUCGAGUACAUGAAUCCUAUAUCAAAUUUUUA